AUGCGCUUCUCUUCCAUCCUCUAUGUGGCAGCUAUUGUCGGCUUUGCGGUUGCCUUUCCCACCUCUGGCCUUCAGGCACGUGAGAGCGAUGAGUAUAUUGGUGCUGGUGUAGGAGUUGCUAUUCUGAAUGGUGUUGAGCUACCUGCUAAACGCGAGAGCGAUGGGUAUGUUGGUGCUGGUGUAGGAGUUGCUAUUCUAAAUGGUGUUGAGCUACCUGCUAAACGCGAGAGCGAUGGGUAUGUUGGUGCUGGUGUAGGAGUUGCUAUUCUGAAUGGUGUUGAGCUACCUGCUAAGCGCGAGGAAAAGUAA